CCUCUCAUCUCUCCUCUCUCGUUCUCUGCUUCUCCGAACCAGAGACCCCUCUGGUUUUUUCAUCACCGCCAUCUCUCUUCUCCCCUCUCUCCUCUCUCUUUCCCCCAUCCUUGUGUUUCUCACCUCUGUUCCAGAGAACGAAAACCUAAACCCAUCUCAUGCCGCCGCCAUCCUCUUCUUCUCCUCGUGUUCUUUCUCAUCCCAAACCCACGUGAACUCCAAAUCCUAUUUCGCUUUCUAAUCGAAAUCCUGAUACGAAUUUCAAGUCCCAUGGCCGCAACAACGACGAUGGCGAGAAAAGAUGGCCUGAUCCACUGCAAUCGACUAUAGAGAUGUAGAUCCAGAAAGAAGAGAAAUAAAUCACCAACGCCGACAGACGACGAUGACCGAGAAGAAAGCACGGCGGAGACGGAGGACAAAUCCCUCAGCGAUGAUGAGUGAAUCCUAGUCAAGUUUCACGAGUUGCAUGUUCCGAUUUCUGGGUUUUUUUUGUUGAUUUGAGGUUCUGAUGUUUUUUUUUUUUUUUGGUUUUGGAUUGGGGCGACGAGGGGUAGAGGAAACAACGCAUGACAGGGGGGAGGAAGAGUCGUCAUAGGCAAGGAUCUCCAGCGACGACAAUUUGAGAAAACGCCGGAUCUGUGUGAGGUUUUCUAAACUCAAUAUGAUUAUGGGAGAUUAAACUAAAAAAAAUGGAUUGUACGACCUUUAGGAUAGCUAACAG